UGCUGCGCCCCCGAGCUCGGCUAGCUUUUGAUCUUGCUGUCGAAAGGAGCAAGACGAGAAAGAGAGACAUAAUGUUGAGGACUAGCUCUAGGCUUUCACAGGCGGCCCGCUUCGUGAGCGCUUGCCGCCAUGCUAGCACUUCUGAUGCAGCAUUUCGUCUGAUCGAUCCUCUGCCCAACACGGCACAGGUUGGACAGGUAGCUCCUCCAACUGAGCGUAAGCUGAGUGAGUUUAACAACGGUAUUUAUGUGGCCGCCACCACUUCAAACUCUCCUCUUUGCACGGUCAACAUUGUGGUGAAGGCCGGCAGCCGUUAUGAGCUUCCCGGUGAGGAGGGCCUUGCUCACUUCAUGCGCCGUCUGGCAUACAAGUCCACUGACAAGCACACCGCCAUUUACAUGACCUGUCUGCCCCAGUGGUACGGCAUGAAGCUUUCAUGCACCGGUACUCGGGAGUCCAUCGUCUAUUCCGGCACCUGCUUGAAGGACGAUGUUGACAACAUGUUGGACGUCAUGUGCCAGACCAUCGUUGCACCGAAGAUCUACAACUGGGAGGUUCACUACACACCUGCUGAGCAUGAUGGUCUCACCGCUCGUCUCAUCGAUGCCCGUCAGCGUGUUGCACAGGACAACGGUGGCCUGGUCAACAACCGUGCUGGAUCUGUGAUAAACGCUCUGCAGAACCACGCUUUCCGUGGUGGUCUCAGCCAGUCCGUGUUCUGCCCCGACCAUCGCGUCGGAAAUGUCGAUGAAGAGCACUGCGUGGCAUACCACAAGCGUCGCUACCUCGGCAGCAACAUUGGCGUGUUCGCCGCUGGUGUGCAUCCCGACGACCUGGUCACCUCCGUCACUCGCCACGGCCUCUACAACCUGCCCAAGGGUGACCCUCUCACUCAGCAAGCACAGGGUGCCAGCAAGUUCACCACGGGAAACUAUGAGAGCAGAAUACAGACUGGCGACAGCACAGUCAUUGCCGGCCUUGUUGGACAGGGUGCCAGCCUGACCGACGAGAAGCAGCACAUCAGCUCUCUGCUGUUCCAGCGUAUGUUGGGUUCCAACGCUCCUCUGGAGAGCGGUGUCUCCACCUCCAGGCUGCAGGUGGCCGCUGACAAAGCUGUUGGCAGCACUGCCUCGGCUCCACCCACUGUCAGCUCUCUCAACAUCAACUUCUCCGAUGCCGGUCUCUUUGGCAUGCAGGUCGAGGCUGGAAAGUCCGAGAUCCGCGAUGUACUGAAGGCGGCCACCGCUGAGUUCACCCGGGCCAGCUCUGGUGUCACAGAGAAGGAGCUCAAGAUGGCCAAGGCUCAGCUGAAGGCUGACCUUGCUGAGACGCAGGAGAGCCAUGCUGGUAUUGUGGAAGACAUGGCAUACCAGGUCAUGUACCGUGGUGGCAAGUACCUUGUUCCCGAGAAGGUCGCAGAGCGCGUUGAGGCCGUUACACUCAAGGACGUCAAGAGCUUUGCCCAGUCUGUUGUUCAGAGCAAGCACGUGCUCGUGCAGCACGGAAACCUGAACGAAGCACCUCAUUUGGAUGAACUCGGCCUAUAAGCGGUAGUGUUCUGUUAGCUCAUUGCCUUCUAUAGCUCUUGUUGCUGCUGCUGCUGCUCGUCACCACCGCUAUUUUGCCCCGUAGUCUCGUUGUGAACUUGUUCAGCAGUGUCCUCUGCUGCCUGUGUCCUCCUCUCCCGUGCCAUCAUCAUUAUCAUGAAAAGCUCCGGCUGCUUGUCGGGCUUGUUUCUAUUCUUUCCGCAUCCUUCAUCUGUUUCUCUAGCUCUUUCUCUCCUCGCUCGUCGUUGCUAAAUUGUACAUAUUUUUCUCUCUCUCUUCGGUAUGACAUUUGAUUUAUGUAUGAAAUUAUUUAAAUGAUGUGAACCAAUUCAUGCUCGGGUAUAGAGCUAGACCGGA